UGGUUGAAGUCAGUGGUAUCAUUACAGACCAGUAUAGCUCAGUUUUUAACUAAAAAACAAUUAGAACGAAGUAAUUCAAUUGACAGCUGUAAAAAUUCUGAAUCUGCUAAAACUGAAAAACCAACAGCCUCAGUCCAACCUGUGCAAAAUAGAGACUUAAUGGACCAGUCUAGUACUGUAUCUGAAAAUUCUAACCAGUCUAGUGAUCUUAAAUCUAAAAAUAGUAAUUGUAGUGAAAGUAGUGUAUCAAAUGGACCUCUAGUCUCUAAUUGUGACACAAAGGUGAAUAAUGGACAUCUAGAUGUAAACAAAGGAGCAGUAUCAUUAUUAAAUCCAUCUUGUAGUACAUUAAAUGGUGAUAUUGAAAUGGCAGAACCAACACGAUCAAAAGACUGUUCUAGUAACUCUGCGGAUGGAUCUUCAAAUUUUGUGAAAUUGACUUGGCCAGGUGGAGAUAAACAAGUAAAUGUUUCAAGCAAUGCACAAACUUCUGGUGGUAGAAAUAUUGUUAUUAGUACUGUGAGUAAAACAAACAAUGUGUAUACGCGAGUGGUUCCAGGUAUUCCUGGGAAGCUGGCGGGACAAACAUCAAUAUUGUCUGCAAGGGGAGGCAGUCAAACAGGAAAACAAGGCAGCACUAUACUCAAGUCAAAUGUAGCAUCGGGCAGCCCUUCAACUAAAGUCAUCACUGUUAAUCAAUCUCAACCAGCAUCAAAACUUGCAAUAUCCCAGGGCAAGGCACCUCAAGUAACCAGUACAGGGGCUAAUCAGACUUCAUCGGCAAUAAUCUCAUUGAACAACACAUUGCAGCAGUGUCUAGAAGGAACUGCAGAUUUGGAGUUGAGCAAACUAGAUGAGAAGUUGAUACAGAUAUUAGCAUGGCAGCGACUUCAACAAUUGAUGCCAAGUAAAUCAGGCAGUGAGUCACAGAGAAAAAACUCAGGUUCAAUAAAUGGUCUCCUAACUACACCAGGUCUUCAGGACGUACAGGCUAGAGCCGUGUUGUGUCCGUUGUCAGGUAGAGGGGAGGCUAUUCCUAUGCCAUAUAGAACCUUGUCACUAGGCACAGGUGCUGAUAUGGAUGUUUGUCUGGGCCAGUAUGGACAAUGCAAUUUUAUCUCAGCUAAACAUGCAUUCAUUUUCUAUGAUGAGACUAGUAAGCAUUAUGAGUUAUUGAACUACAGCGAGCAUGGAACAACUGUUGACAAUGUGCUUUACUCCUGUGAUUUUUCCGACAAACCCGCCACAACUCCACAGCCAUCAGCUGUUGUAGCAGCUGUUAGACAUCUCAACAAAACACAUAAACCAAAAAUGAAAGCUGACGAAAGGUUAACAAUGACAGCUCGACCACCUGAUACUCGGUUAAGGUGCAACUGUAAAGGCAGCAGCUCAAGUCUGAUAGGAGGAAGUGGAGCAGGCUGGGAAGGUACAGCCAUUCUACACCACGGCAGUUACAUCAAAGUGGGCUGUAUACAGUUUGUGUUCAGCAUUGUAGAUCAUGCUACAUCUCAACCUAUACCAGGUGUUAAGAGAGAACCUAUGUCAUUAUUAAAAUCACAUCUAAAAGGAGUUCCGUAACAUUUAAUAAAAUAUUCUGUUUUUACAUUUGAUGUCUUCUGUGAUAAAUCUUUAACCAAUUUAGAUAGAUUUGUAAGAUACUGGGCAUUAUUUUAAGAAUUUUACAUUUUUUGUGUUUCAAAUGUAAAAAAAAAAUCUUAACAAAUUGCACUGUAUAGUCUUAAAGUCUUAUAUGUUGAUCAAAUAUUUCUCAACAUUGAGAAAUAGUCACAGAAAAAGUCUUCCUUGACUUAGUUUUAUAAUUCUUCUUCCUGAUGUUUACCAUUGUAACUGUGAUAGAUAUAUUAAAUAACAAUACUUCAAAUUUUUUAAAUGUUAUAGAUAUUACACGCUGAAGUAACUGAAGUUUAAACUUGUAUUUUUUAAAAGCUACAGCCUUGAUAACAAAUAAGUCUUUUCUUGUGACAUUUUUGAAGGAGAUGGACCUUCUAUUGAAUCAGCUAUCACAUUUGAUUGUAUAAUCCUUGGUUUCACCAAAAUUUACAUAUUUUUCUUGAAUGAAAUCAGAAAAAAGCAUUUGUUAAAAGAAAACACUCGCAUUGAAUAUUGGAAUAUCACAGAACACAUGAAAUGUUGUUUUUAUUUUUUCUUUCAAAUUAUAUUUUUCUUGAAGGAGCAAAAAGUUACGUUUUAGUUUUCUGUUAAACUCUGCAAUAAACUGGCAAGAAUGAAAUAUAUCUUUUUUAUCUAUUGUUUAAAAUGUUAAGAUUAUUUGUUAGAUUGUUGUCUGAAGGGUUGUAAUCUAUUUUGCCAAAGUAUUUUGUUCAUUCUUUGAUUUUUAGCUCACCUGUCACAAAGUGACAGGGUGAGCUUUUGUGAUCGCUUUUCGUCCGGUGUCCGUCCGUCCGUCCGUCCGUAAACUUUUGCUUUAAAUGACAUCUCCUCAUAAACCACUGAGCCAAUUUCAUCCAAACUUCACAGGAAUGUUCCUUUGGUGGUCACCUUUAAAAAUUGUUCAAAGAAUUUAAUUCCAUGCAGAACUCUGGUUGCCAUGGCAACCGAAAGAAAAAUCUUUAAAUAUCUUCUUUUAAACAACCCUAAGAGCUAGAGCUAAGAUAUUUGGCAUGAAACAUCUUCUAAUGAGUGUCUACCAAGUUUGUUCAAAUAAAAGCCCUGGGGUCAAAAUUGGCCCCGCCCCCGGGGGGUCAUUGAUUUUCCCUAUAUGCAUAUAGUAAAAACUUAAAAGAUCUUCUUUUAAAGAACUGUAAGAGCUAGAGCUAAGAUUUUUGGCAUGGAACAUCUUCUAGUGAGUGUCUACCAAGUUUGUUCAAAUAAAAGCCCUGGGGUCAAAAUUGGCCCCGCCCCGGGGGGUCAUUGAUUUUCCCUAUAUGCAUAUAGUAAACACUUAAAAAAUCUUCCUUUAAAGAACUGUAAGAGCUAGAGCUUAGAUAUUUGGCAUGAAACAUCUUCUAGUGAAUGUCUACCAAGUUUGUUCAAAUAAAAGCCCUGGGGUCAAAAUUGGCCCCGCCCCAGGGGGUCAUUGAUUUUCCCUAUAUGCAUAAAGUAAAAACUUAAAAAAUCUUCUUUUAAACAACCCAAAGAGCUAGAGCUUAGAUAUUUGGCAUGAAACAUCUUCUAGUGAAUGUCUACCAAGUUUGUUCAAAUAAAAGCCCUGGGGUCAAAAUUGGCCCCGCCCUGGGGGGUAAUUGAUUUUCCCUAUAUGCAUAUAGUUUAAACUUAAAAAAUCUUCUUUUAAAGAACCGUAAGAGCUAGAGCUUAGAUAUUUGGCAUAAAACAUCUUCUAGUAAAUGUCUACCAAGUUUGUUCAAAUAAAAGCCCUGGGGUCAAAAUUGGCCCCGCCCCAGGGGGUCAUUGAUUUUCCCUAUAUGCAUAUAGUAAAAACUUAAAAAAUCUUCUUUUAAAGAACUGUAAGAGCUAAAGCUUAUAUAUUUGGCAUGAAACAUCUUCUAGUGAAUGUCUACCAAGUUUGUUCAAAUAAAACCCCUGGGGUCCAAAUUGGCCCCUCCCCAGGGGUCAUUGAUUUUCCUUAUAUGCAUAUAGUAAAAACUUAUAAAAUCUUCUUUUAAAGAACCCAAAGAGCUAGAGCUAAGAUAUUUAGCAUGAGACAUGUUCUAAUGGGUGUCUACCAAGUAUGUUCAAAUAAAAGCCCUGGGGUCAAAACUGGCCCCGCCCUGGGGGUCAUUGAUUUUCCUUAUAUACAUAGCAAAAACUUAAAAAUCUUCUUUAAAAAAACCCAAAUAACUAGAGUUUAGAUAUUAAGCAUGAAACAUCUUUAAGUAAAUAUCUACAAAGUUUGUUCAAAUAAAAGCCCAGGGGUCAAAACUGGCCCUGCCCGAGGGGUGUCAUUGUUUUUUACUCUAUGUGUAUAGUAAAAACUUAAAAAAUCUUCUUUUAAAAAACCCAAUGAGCUAGAA